AUGAACCCAAAUACUACCAACCAAGAGUAUUUCAAACAAGAAGAAAAUGCUGCCAUGUGGUCGCCUUCAUCACCUUCAGACGUAUCUUCUCCGUCAAAUUCGGUUUCUGACCAAGACUAUAACGUUUAUCACGUGCCCCGCGGUUAUGACGUGGUUUUAGUUCCAAUGAAAGUUGAACCUUCAGAUAAUUCUUGUUCUUCUGGUGUCGAUUCUCCUGUUGAAUCUCCCGUAGAACCAACAUCAUGUUCUAAAACCAAACCAAUGGAUAUUCCAAAGAGUAAAUCACCUAGUUCCACUAACGCGAAAGCAUCGGCUGCUGCUGCAAACGCCGCGACAACCACAACGCGUCUUUCCGCCUAUCGGAAGCGCAAGGCUGAUAAGAAUUAUAUUCCACGACCAAAAAAUUGUUUCAUGGCCUAUCGUGAGCAUAUAAAAGAAAAGUUCUUGUCGGAAGACCCAAGUAUGAACAAUAAGGUUGUGUCAGUGCUUGCUGCAAAUAUGUGGAAUAAUGAACCUGAAGACGUUAAAGAAUAUUGGCGUGAACGCGCUAAGCAAUUGAAGAUUGAACAUAAACUCAAAUAUCCUGAUUACAAGUUCAAACCACAAAAGAAGAAGCAAAACUUAAAGACCACCGCUAAUACGAAGACGUCAACAAAAGCUACCGGUGUACGUAAUAACAAUAAGAAAUCAAAUUCUGACGCAAAGAUCAUUUUUGCCGAUGGCUAUGGUUCCGAAAUUUUGGGUGAAAAUAAUCACCAAUUAGGUUUGGAAGGUAGUGAAGAGCAGGAUGACAUCUACUUGACUCACUUACAGAAAAAGACCUUUUUUGGACAUUAUCGUGCCUCUUCCGUCGAUUCUGUCAGUUCUUGGACAAGUGAUUCCACAGCUUCGACUCCAUUGCUUUCACCUUUUGUUGGCUCCCCCGCUUCGUUGUCACCACCAACCUUUCAAUUUGGCAAUCAAUUCGGAAGAUCAUCUUCAGCCUUGAGAUAUGAAGCAGGAAACAUUGUACAUAAUGAAGGUCUACCACAUAGCGACUUGAUGUUGUCUCAAAAUUUGGCCUCUCAGUCAAUGUUAAAUAAUGAAGUUGAACAGCUCAAUAGUUUAUAUUCAAAUCAAUUGGAUAUUAAUGCUUCCUUGCCUGUUGACGACGGGUUCGUUCUAGACUCGUAUGAAAAUCCCAUGAUUAAGAGCAACACAGCUGUUCCUUCUUUUUUUAAUCCUCCUCAGUCAGUUGAAAUUUCCUCCACAGAUUAUGAUUUAAUGGCAAUGGGUCAUUAUUCAGCUUCUCCCGUUCAAGAAUCAGAAGGGUUUUUCCAUGAUUAUGACAGUACCGAACCUUCUUAUCCUAGUCAUGUAUAUAGUUCAUCUUUCGAGCUUUCUUCACAAGGAAAUCAAUCAACCUUAUCUGGACAUUACGCGUUUGCUCUCGAGAAUCCGCGUCGUAAUUCUCAGCAACUUUUGGCUGAUUUUCAACAUGGCCUCAAACAGCAAGAAAUGAUGUUACAAGGGUUAUUAAUGGAAUGA